CAAUCGCUCAAUAGUACUAAACACUAAGAAUAAGCAAAAUAGUAAAAUAUCUCGCAACAAUUCGAGUAUGACCCGCAAGCUUAGUCUGUUAAUAUUUUUGGUGGGUUGUCUAAGUGUCACAUCUGCCCAGUCUCUGUACUUACAAGAGCCUAAUCAUCAUCAGAGAUCUCACAGUAACAACAUCAACAGCAAUAACAAUAACAGAGAUCCAUUGGUAUCAUCAACACCAGAAAGCCCCAAGGAGCCUGAGGGAGUGUCAGUUCCCGCGAGCGAAGACUCCACUCGCGCUUUCACGGCAAGUGUACACGGAUACCAGGUUAAUGACGUACCUACCUCCUCUGGAGCUCCCAUCGGUCCAGAUGGCCGGGUUAUUGACACACAAGACGUUACCGUCGCAAAAGCAAAACACGCCGCGGCUUACAUCAAUCAGAAGGUCAACUUGGCACGAGAGGCUGCAAGGAGUAAUGCUGGUGGGUUCGCCAAGUCCCCCGAGGUCUUGUUGGAGUACCAGGACAGUUUGGGCCAGUACAGCUUUGGGUACAGCGCCCCAGGCUCCGCGAGGUCCGAAGUUGGAGCAGCGGACGGAUCAACCAGAGGGGCCUUCAGUUACGUUGACGGCUCCGGAGUUGUUCAGACCGCCAAGUACACCGCUGACGGGGAAAAUGGCUUCAGGAUUGAGGCCAGCAAUCUCCCUGUGGCCCCCAGGCCUGUCGAGGAGACUCCCGAGGUCCAGGCUGCCAGGCUCGAACACAUCAGGGCUUACGAAGAGGCCAAGAAGAAUUUAAUCGCUGCUGGAAGUCUGAUGCCCGAUCAAAGUACUGGCGAGAAUCAAGACAAAAUUAUUGAAAAGGAAAACAAGAAGGACGAAAUUAAGGAGGAAAAGAAAAGUGAAAAGGAAGAGAAGAAAGAGUCGUUGAUGAUGGCCAAAUUGAAGGAAAACAUUUCGGAAGCUAAAAAAGAGGACCCAAAAAUCCCGGUAGUGUCGACGUCGUUCGUGCUACCAAAGAGCAAUUUGAAUAUCCAGAACCGGAUUGAGCUCAGAGGAUCUGGAUCUGGAAAUUUCUAUGGGAGCGCACCCUCCGCGGAUCAAGGUAACGCAAAAGGAAAUGAAAAGCUGCAAUUGAAAACUAGCGAUGCGAGUCAUGUACAAUUCUACCGUACGCCUCUUGUCAGGUACUCACCAAUCGGGUAUCCUGUUUAUUACAAUCAUCUUCAGUAUGUUCCAUCUUACUACUACUUCUAAUCGGGAUAUUAAUUAUUAUUCUUAUUAUUAUAUAAAAUUAUAUUGUAACUUUUGAGCAUGUGAUUCAAAUUUUCAAAAAAUUU